AAGGGUAUAAAAGCUUUGAGCCAAAGCAGAAUUGAAAUCGAAGAGAUUGACAAACCCUGACCUUGACCACGCAGCUAGUGUGCCUGACCUCACAGACAUCUGGCUACAGAGUCCCGCUGCAUCAAGACCCACCUACUGACCCCAUGCUGGCCAAUUCCUGCCUUCUGUGGCUCCUGGCUGUCACCUUCUUGGUACCCAGAGCAAAGCCUUUGACCCCAGGAGACUUGGAGGAGGAAGAGGGAGAAGAUGAGGAUGAGGAAUCCCAGCAACCUUCGUCCACCUGCGACUAUGACCACUGCCGCCACCUGCAGGUGCCCUGCAAGGAGCUGCAGAAGGCCCACCGCUGCCUGUGUCCCGGGCUCACCAGGCCGGAACAGAGGCCCCUGCCACCCCGCCUGGGGGAGGUGAGCCUACAGGCCGAGGCGGGCAGCGCCCUGGUGCACUGGUGCGCCCCGGCCUCCCCGGUGCACCAGUACUGGCUGCUGCUUUGGGCAGAUGGCGGGCCACCCCAGAAGAGCCCCCCUUUCAACUCCACCUUCCGCAGAGCAGAAGUGAAGGGCCUGCAGGCUGGCAGCACUUACAACGUGUGCGUGGUGGCGGCCAAUAAGGCUGGAGAAAGCCAAGAGGCCAAGCCCCUUGCCGAGGGCCUGGGGAAAGGGGCAGGCGGUCCUGCCUUCGGGCCCUGUGGCCGCUUCACCAUGCCACCCAGACCCCUCAGCCUGGUGCACGCCGCCGUGGGUGUGGGCACGGCCCUGGCCCUGCUCAGCUGCUCCGCCCUGGUGUGGCACUUCUGCCUGCGGGACCGCUGGGGCUGCCCCCGCCGCCUGUGAGCCUCUGGAGCUGGGCUCUAAAGGCACCUGGGAGCUCCUAACCCUAACCUGGGG